GGCUGGGACUGAAGUUGGAUGCGCGGCGCGCGCUCUCUUCCUUCAGCUUGGUCCACAAGAAGAAGAGGAAGAACAAAAACAAUAAUAAUCCAAAUUAUUGCAAUGGAGAGGAUGAGGAAAUCGCAGUGCAUCUUCUUGUUAUGUCCGUUCAUCAUGACUGCUGUGUGUGCGCAAAGCAGAGACCCGAGCAAUAUGCCUGUAGUGAAAGACACAGUGGACAGACUGAUGAAGGGAUACGAUAUCCGACUGAGGCCGGAUUUUGGAGGGGCUCCAGUGGCUGUUGGCAUGAAUAUAGACAUCGCCAGCAUAGACAUGGUGUCCGAAGUAAACAUGGACUACACCCUGACCAUGUAUUUCCAGCAGGCAUGGCGGGACAAGCGUCUCUCGUACUCGGAGAUCCCUCUGAACCUGACGCUGGACAACCGUGUAGCCGAUCAGCUAUGGGUGCCUGACACAUACUUCCUCAAUGACAAGAAGUCCUUCGUGCACGGUGUCACGGUCAAGAACCGCAUGAUUCGCCUGCAUCCCGAUGGCACCGUGCUGUAUGGAUUGAGGAUCACCACCACGGCAGCGUGUAUGAUGGACCUGAGACGCUACCCGCUGGAUGAGCAGAACUGCACACUGGAGAUUGAGAGCUAUGGAUACACCACAGAUGAUAUUGAGUUUUACUGGAGAGGAGGAGAUGGAGCUGUGUCUGGAGUGGAGCGCAUUGAGCUGCCCCAGUUCUCCAUCGUGGACUACAAGCUCAUCUCGAAGAACGUAGUGUUUUCCACAGGUGCGUACCCACGUCUAUCGCUGAGCUUCAAGCUGAAGAGGAACAUUGGCUACUUCAUCCUGCAGACCUACAUGCCAUCCAUCCUGAUCACCAUUCUGUCUUGGGUCUCCUUCUGGAUCAACUAUGAUGCCUCUGCCGCCCGUGUAGCCCUAGGUAUCACCACGGUGCUGACCAUGACCACCAUUAACACCCACCUGCGAGAGACUCUUCCCAAGAUCCCCUAUGUGAAAGCUAUAGACAUGUACCUGAUGGGCUGCUUCGUUUUCGUGUUCUUGGCCCUGCUCGAGUAUGCCUUCGUCAACUACAUCUUCUUCGGUCAAGGCCCCCAGAGGCAGAAGAAGGCAGCUGAGAAAGCAGCCACCGCCAACAAUGAAAAGCUCCGACCCGAUCCAAACAAGUGGAUGGUGGGAAAUGUAGUUCAGAGAGACGAUGCUCUGUAUGCCAGAAUGAAACAGAGGGAAAUUGACGUGUAUGACUCGAUGUGGGAUCCAAUCUUUGCCGACGAUGCUGCAUUAGGACUAGGCGAGCAGAGACUUAAGAUGAAUCCGGAUGAUAUCCGGCUGACCACAGUGGAGAUGAAGAACGAGAUGGGUCCUGGUGAUCUCUCCCGUGGUCUGGGCGACCCACGAGGUGCCAUGCUGGCGUACGACAGCUCCACGCUGCAAUAUCGACGGGCAGCACUGGCACGUCAUAACUACGGCACCGGUGCUCUGGAGAAGAAGAAGAGCCGUCUACGCCGACGCGCUUCACAGCUCAAAGUCAACAUCCCUGACCUGUCUGACGUCAACUCCAUCGACAAGUGGUCCAGGAUGGUCUUUCCAACCGUCUUCUCUUUCUUUAACGUGGUCUACUGGCUCUACUACGUCCAUUAGGAAGGGCCCAGGAGAGGAUAAAGUACAAAAACAUUCAAAAGAUAAAAUAUUUAAAACACUGAGUCCUUUUUGUUUCGGGAAAAAUAGAUUUUAUGGAGGUAAAGGAGUCAGGAUUGGCUCUUUUUUUG